UUCCAAACCCUUACAUGAAAAAGCCUUUUCACUCAAAUUUUUGUUAGGUGUUGCAUUUCAACACAUUCAUACACUUCUUUCCAGUUCCUCAACGAUAUUUUAACCCCACUGGUCCGAAACUGUGCAACAGUUUCAACAUUCAUACAUACAAUUGCAGUUGCAGUUUUUUUUUAAUCUCAGUGUAUAAUCAGUCGCACCAUGGUACAUUCAACAUAACCACGUAUUUAGGGGUUCGUGCAGAUUUAACGUGUACACGACGUCAUCAUUAGGCGCUCCUCUGGCGAUGUCCGAUUGUGUUCAGGUGCCUUCUGCAGGUACCUCUUCACCACGGUCAGGAGUUGAUACCAGCGCGGCUCUCGUUUUUUUUGCUCUAGGCAUAGCCAUCCUCAAUUAAUCGCACAAAAAACAAGUCCAAGGCAGAAAAACACACCCGAAGACGAACACCAAAACAAAUCUCUACCGCAAAUUCGUCAACAACUCAAACAAAAACAACAGAUGAUUCACCGCCUGGCUUUGACCAACAGUAUAGAAAGGACUAUCCAAGGUUACCAUCUGGCGGCGUAA